UCUUCAGGCGACAAGCACAGCGGCCGCUGGCCACACCGAAACCGGAGUGAUGAGACGCGCUCACCUAACCAAGUCAUACUCUCAUUUUGCAGAAGCCAAUCGAUAGGCUAUGUAUGGAUAUCGCGCAAUAAAUGCCUAUUAUCUCCUCGCAAGCCAUAGGUAGGACGUGAUCGAUACCCGGAUGGCCCAAUUGCAAUCGCAGUUUCUCCUAUUGAAGCUCCAUCUGCGUGCUCGACAACCCCUCACUGACAGCUUCUUCGCCUUGAACCUCUACCAAGCCCUGGGAAAAUCAUUAUAUGUGCCGAACAUCCGAUCGCGCCUACGCUGUUUAUUGCCAGCAUAUAAACCGGCCUACACCCCCUCAAGACGAAGUUACACCACGUCCUCCCAAACGCCACACAAGAUGUCUACUCCAGAGAUACAACCCCGCUACCUCGACCUCUUCCAGAAGCUAGAAGCCAGCAUCACUAACGCGGGCUCUAUUCCCAACGACAAAUGGGCUAUUCUUGCAAUAGCAACACUUGUCGCGGGCCCCGACCCUGAGCGCGCAGACCAAUUAUACCUGUACCUCACCUCACAAUCCCGGUAUGCAACAUCCGAAAGCAGAAAGGAGCUCGUCCGGCGACUUCGCGAAGCGCUCUUCAAAGCCGUCAUUAUAGUCGGCGUCUGCAAGCCCAUUGAAGCCAUCCUAGCAAUUUCAAAGGUUGAGAAGGACGAGGACAAGGACAUCAGCCCGCCAACAAGAGAGAAGUGGACCAACGACGAAUCGAACCACGAGCGCGGGGUUGGAUGGUUCAGCAAGCUUUACGCAAGAAACGGAAAUUCAACCCUGGAUCUGUUCAAUGCGCACAAGGACUUUUCAUGGCUGAGUACGGAAAUUACCUAUGGGCUCUUCUUGAGUGACCGGCAGGUGCUGGAUGACCUGGACACGCAGUUGGUUGUUUUGCCUGCGAUAAUGAGCCAGAACUUGCCGAAUGAGACGAACUGGCAUAUCAGAGGGACGAGAAGGUUAGGGGUUCCCAUUGAGGACGUGAAGACUAUAACGGAGUGUGUUAAACUUGUUGCGGAGUUUUAUGGUGUGACUCUGGACAAGGUGCCGUCGGUUGAAGAUGUCGAGAAGGAUGUAUAGGCUUAAAAAUCCUUGGAUAAGUGUCGAAUAGCAUAUAUGCUUUGCGUCCUAGAUAAACAACAUAAGUAGAUCUGAGCCUUGGAAAUGCAUGUUUUGAUUCUUCACUCUAUGGACGUGGAUGGUCUGCAGAUUGAACAAUCAGACAUCAAGAACAGACGCGUGAGAAAGUACGGAGUAGAGGCCACAAGAAGUUUUCAGAAUCUGAUGGUCUCAAUAUCUGCUCUGUGUUGUAGUUGUCGA